GAAUCAAGCCACGUCACGUCGUCUGCGUGUUCCAAUCGUCGAUCGCGACUUCGGCGAGCGAAUUUGUUGUGGCACUGCGGCAGUGUGGGUGUAGUGCAUGUCGGCAGCGAGUGUGAUCCUCCGGUGCAUCGAAGAAACUCGCUCCAAUCGAAUCCAACCGCUAGCAGCAGACCUCCGCCAGGCACAGCCAAAGCUCCCAACAUGAAUAUCUUCCGGUUAUUCGGUGAUCUUUCACAUCUCCUCGCGAUUAUCAUCCUGCUGGAUAAGAUAUGGAAGACGCGAUCGUGCGCUGGAAUCUCCGGCAAGUCGCAGAUCCUCUUCGCGCUGGUCUACACGACGAGAUACCUCGACCUCUUCACCACUUAUGUCUCAUACUACAACACCAUCAUGAAGCUCAUCUUCAUCGCGGCGUCAAUGGGGACCUGCUACCUGAUCUACAUGAAGUUCAAGGCGACCUAUGAUCACAAUCAUGACACUUUCCGCUGCGAGUUUCUCAUUGCCCCAGCGGUGGUGCUCGCACUACUUAUCAAUCAUGAGUUUUCCUUCCUGGAGAUCCUGUGGACUUUCAGUAUUUAUCUAGAGUCGGUGGCGAUUCUGCCGCAGCUCUUCAUGGUGAGCAAGACCGGCGAGGCGGAGACGAUCACCUCGCAUUACCUGUUCGCACUCGGCUCGUAUCGCGGGCUGUACAUCUUGAACUGGAUCUAUCGCUACGCAACUGAGGACACCUACGAUCUCAUUGCGAUCGUCGCCGGCGUCGUCCAGACGGUGCUAUACUGUGACUUUUUCUAUUUGUAUAUUACCAAAGUUUUGCAUGGCAAGAAAUUGCAGUUACCAGCUUAAUAACAUAGAUCGAACGCGAGGUGCUCAUCGUCUCGCAGCCAUCAUCCUGAAUGAAGAGUAAAUCAAAGAAAUAAGGCAAAAAAUUAAGCGAAUUAAGUCGAUAGCAAAAGCAAAAACAGUUACGCAGACCAUCCAGGAAACAUUGAAUGUAUUUUUUUGUGUAUUUGAGAGAACUUUCAUAUUGAUUGAGGUUCGUUUAUAUUAAUUAACAAUUCAUUAAUAUAUUUAGAUAAAUAAA